AUGCAUCAACUAAUUGCCAAACUAACAGUUUUUCUACUCAUCGGACUUGCUGCAAGUCAAAAUGAGGGUAUGUUUUGAUUUGAUUUGAAAUUCGAAAAAAAAUAUUCUUUUGUCAUUUUCUUAGGGAAAUCUGGGAUUUUUCUUUGUAGAUUGGUUUCCAAGACGUCACCAUAGCCGCCAUUGGAAAAUUAGGCAUCUUUUUGAGCGAUAUAGUCAUCAUCCACCACAUUUACGCUUCAAUUUCCUAGGUAAAGCUCAAAAAAUGGCUGAAGAUUACUGUAUUUUUCGAAAGGCGCGUGAGGAUUUGUGUGUGUUGGGUCUCGACGCGAUUCAGAUGGGCGUCACAUUUUAGGCCAAUUUUUUUCAUUUUCUUUUUUUUUUUCGACGGGGUUUUCAGGGUUUUCUAGGUUUUUUGGAGGGAUAAUUCAUUCUAAAAGUAGGGAACAUGUGUAAAAAAGUACGUUUUACGAAGUUAUUGUGGAAUUUUCAUGAAAAUUCAAGGUUUUUCCACUCAAAACCGAUUUUCAGCGUUUUAGGCAGAGAUUUCGUAGUCUCGUCUGGAUUUCUGAUGAAAACUUUUAACCCAAAUUAAUAUUUCUUUUCUUUGCAGAUUGUGCCAACCGUUUGGACGGUCUUUAUUCGCUUGGCGGAUGUGUCGAUCAAUUUUUAACAUGUUCCGGUGGAAUCGCUCGAAUUAUGGAUUGCCCGUCGAAUUUGAUCUACAAUCCAAAUGGCGAAUAUUGCGACUAUCCACACAACAUUGCCGCUUGUGAAGGAUCUGGUGAAGCUAGUGGAGAGGCUUCUGGUGAAGGUUCAGGAGAGGCUUCGGGAGAAGCCAGCGGUGAAGGAUCUGGAGAAGCUAGCGGUGAAGGAUCUGGAGAGGCUUCAGGAGAAAGCUCGGGCGAAGCUUCUGGAGAAGGAUCGGCCGAAGCCAGUGGAGAAUCUAGCGGUGAAGGAUCAGGGGAAGCUUCCGGUGAAGGAUCUGGAAUCGAAUCAGAAAGUAAGAACCCUCCCCCCCCCUUAAAUUCUUCAUAAAAAUUUUCUAAUCCUGUUUUUUCAGUCUGCGUUGGUUUGUCUGAUGGCGCCUAUCACUUCGGUGGUUGCACCAACUUCUACUUCUUCUGCGUCUCAUCAAACGCUCAUCUUCUCACAUGCCCAACUCCACUCUUCUACGACGCGCCAAACCAAAACUGCACCUGGCAAUAUCUCAUCGAAGAGUGUCAAGUUGGAGGAUCCGGUGAAGCUUCUCGCGAAGAAGGAUCUGGUGAAGCUUCGGGAGAACAAUCUGGAGAAGCCUCGGGAGAACAAUCUGGAGAAGGAUCAGGCGAGGCCUCGGGAGAAGAGGGAUCUGGAGAAACACCAACAUGCGAGGGUCUUGUCGACGGAAUUCAUCCGAAUGGCGAAUGCUCGACCAACUAUUUGACAUGUUCCGGUGGAAUCGCUAGAGUUAUGGAUUGCCCAGCCACUCUUGUCUUCAAUCCAAAAUUGUUGGUUUGCGAUUAUCCACAUGCCGUUGGAUGUGAUGCUCAACAAGGUGUUUGUGGGGUGAGUUUUGGUGUUGAAAUCGAUAUUUCUUUUUAAAACAGAAUUUUGAUGAAAAACUAGAGUUUUUGAAUUUUUUAAAAACUCAAUAUUAUUCCAGGCAGACGGAUACUUCUCAUUCGGUCAAUGCUCUUCUCAAUUCACCGCUUGCACCAACUCUCGCCCAAUCAUCAUGUUCUGUCCAGCCGGUUUGAGCUUCUCGCAAUCCACACAAAUGUGCGAUUAUCCGGAAAAUGUGCCAGAAUGUCAAGAAGAAGGAGAAUCAUCGGGUGAAAAUUCGGGAGAAGCCAGUGGCGAAGCAUCAGGCGAAGCUUCAGGAGAGUCCAGCGGUGAAUCUUCGGGAGAAGGUUCAGCAGUUGGACAAUGCGAAGGAUUGGACAAUGGAUUCUAUUCGCUCGGAUGUUCGUCAGCACUCUUUGCGUGUCGCGACGGAUUCCAAGCGGUUUACGAAUGCCCAGCCGGUUUGGUCUUCAACGAAUGGAACAUGAUUUGCGACUACCCACAAACUACACUUCAAUGCUUGCUCCAAGAAUCGAUUCCAGUCGUUCCAAGCCCAGUUGCACCAACCUGCUCACCACUCUCCAACGGAUAUUUCUCACCAUCGUUGUGCUCUUCAACCUAUCAACAAUGCUCCAACGGACAAUCGAUCAAUUUCUCGUGUGCUCAACCGGGCGCUGUUUUCUCGAGCUCCCACGGACAAUGCAUCGAUUCACACCUUCUUGCACAAUGUUGA